AAUGUAUAUCAGCGGAUAUAACAACGGAGCAACGAUCCCAUCUGGAUAUGUAACACUCAAGAAUUGCAGCACAGCGAUUGUGGUAUGAUGAGGUGAAACUAUUCAAGUACUUGAGCAUUAUAAAUUGCUUAAGCAAAUUUGAUUUCAAUUGUCCUGUAUUUUUAACUGUGCUUUUCAUUUUACUUUAUCUUAGUAACUCAAUAAAUUAACAUGAGAACAAAAUAUUACGAUAUGUAUUAUUUCAAAUAAAUGAGGUUUUUUAUCUAACUGUGGUCACCAUUGUUCUGGAUGCCAUUUGGUUCAUAGCAAAUAUAAAAAUCAAGAUGAAGAAAUAUUCAAAUUUAGAAGUUAAUGGAUCUCUUGAAUUAGAAAUGUGGAAUUCAUAAUUCGGACUUCACAUUAUGGAAUUGAUUCUUUCAUCCUUAAUAUGCUUAUUCAAAGUAAAUAAUUUUAUUUAUUUUAAGAUUCCUUUCAUUUAUUAGUGUUGGUAAUUGAGUAAUUGA